AUGGCGUUACACAGAUUGUCGAAGAGAAAAGGAUGCGCCGAUCAACUCAACGAUGAUUUUCCUCUCUCUUCUCCCGCGACCAAGAUUCGUCGUCUCGAUGCAGAGUUGCCGCCAAUUGUGGAAGAAGAGGAACCGUUACCGUCACCUAACGAGGAGAGAGCUCUCGUGCUUUUCAAACCUCUCGCUCAUUCCUCUUUCUCUUUCACCGUCGAUUCUGACAUUAUCGAUGGAAUUAAAAACAAUCAGUCUCUGUGGUCCAAACAGUGUGAUGGCGUUGUGUCAGGGUUACAAUCACUUGAGAAGGGUAGUGAUGAAUUGGCUCUCGUGCCUUGGGUACCUUCUCCUUCUUAUCAGUUCUCCGUUGUUGAUGGUUCUGACAACACAAAUACCGAGUUAAUGGAAGCUGAUGAUGAUAUGGAAGAAGAAGGUGUGGGUUCUAUGAUGAUGGAUAUUGAACAAGAAGGCACUUAUAAUGACCCUACAACUGACACAUCAAACAUUCACUACCCAACAACACACAAUGUAGUAACAGAGGGGUUCCAGCAACACUGCUUGUUCCCUCAGCUUCCUCACAACACGUCAACACCAAUCACUUGGAGCCGCUGA